GCUCCUCCCUGCUCAUAUUGUCUGGACAUAUCCGCAUUUUAAAUCUCCAUCGCAGUACAGAACCACAUUGCAUAUAUUGAUUCUGUUGUGAGUACAGACUCAGAACAACGUAUUUAAAUCAGUAGCUUCUGAUCUCACACUAACAAAAUGAUGAAAUUAUACCAUGCAUUUACUGUAAUCUCUUUUAUAUCAAAACAUUCACAACCAAAAGAAACAUAUUUAUUUGUUUAAUAAAUCGUUCGUCAUCAUUAUCAUUUGUCGGCUACAAUUUGUAUUUACAGCGGGUAAGAUGUGGGAUACAUUACAUUUCCCAUUCUAUGAGUGCAGCACCACUAUUCUCUGUAGCUGUCUUGGCAUUGUUUUCCAGGGGAUGCCUAUGGUUUAUCUUCUCAUGGGUCGAUUUCAGAUAAUGAAUUGGCUGGUGGGCAACUUUGGUGUUUUAAACAUUUCCCUGAAAGCUACAUCCGUUUUCUUGCUGUUUUGGUCAAAUGAAGGAAAUUGCCUUAGAGAUCCUCGUUAGUCAUUUUCUACAUUCAAUUGACACUGAAGGCCAUUUGAAGUAUCUAAGUGUAGCAGCUAAAGGGGUAAUUGCAAGAGUUCAGUGAGAGUCUAGGUUUCGCACUCGAAAGGGGGAUUGUUUCGAUUACUAUUACGAAGAUUCUCCUCCCGAGUUAGACAGACAAUUUGGAAAUACAGAUUUUCUGCUAUUAUUGAGCACUUUUCAGGAAAGCCCAUCAACACCCCAACGUUCUUCUCCGAGCACCUUCAACAGUCUUCAACGGUUCGUGACCACCUAUGAUGUUGGCUAUGUAUUCAUUUUUCCUGUCCCGACUUUGUCGCCCUCGGUUUUUAUUUUUAACACAAGGACUUCAGUAUCUGUGAUUUCAUCCUGUAGGAAAGUCGACAAAACUUAUUUCAUGAUCUGCAACUGCUUACCAUCCUGGACGUAGUCCAGAACUAUGACGAAACCUUGUAGGACCCCGUCCGGAACUCAAACACUCAAUUUAUGUAUGUGCCUUAGAAGGAUUGAAGAAAGGUGGAAUUCUACACAUCUGCAAGAGACUGAUAAUCUCUUUCAGAUGAUUUGAAUCAAAUAAAUGUUAAAACAAUGGACAGACUGUUCUUUACGACUUCACAUAUUUCACAAAAUAUGUUCUCUAAAAACAAUCGCCAAAUAUACCAUCUUCAAAAUAUGUAAAGAGUUUCAGCAAACUACAGCAUUAUUGAAUACAAGUUGAACAACCACCAUGAACGCCUUUUGUGUAAUCACCCGACCUGUGAGAAAUAACAGCCAAAUAUCCUUUAGAUCCUAAGACCCUGCCAAUUUAAAGAAAAUUACAACAAAUACUAUAUUGGAUAAAACAUAAUGAUACACGAUGCGUGAAAAAAUGCAAGACGGCCAUGGCUGGAACUAUUUUGAUCAUGUUUACACGAAUCGAUCCGACCUAGGGCUAAACAACGAUUGUGUGUUGUUUAAGAAGAAAACUAUAAAGAGUAAUAUACACAUUUAUGCAGGUCAUGUUCAGUGUUACAAUAAUAGAUAUGCGGAUUAUUAAAUGUAGAGGCUUUUGUAAACUAGGGUGAAACAUGCUUAACUGAACAGUCAGGUCAACGUCAGAAACGUUUCUGCAGACGCCCAACAAGCUAGAAAUAACAGCAAAUCUCAUUCAAACUUUACUCUCAUCGCCUUAACAAUUGAUGUACAAUAGCUCGUGAUGAAGACGAAGUAUAGAAUGAAAAACAAUGAAACACUUGUGACCAAAUCAAAUGGACAAAUGGAACCGACUUUCUUUUGUUUAGUUUUUUUCUUCUUUGUUUUGAAUUGCUUUAAACAUAAAUUUACCUUUCCCUAUUUUGAUUUAAGAAAUUUAUGUUAUCAAAAAAUUUUCAUGAUGCUUAAAGUAAUUUCUAAUUUAUCUUUUUUUUUUUAUACAGAAAUGUUUUAUAAAAUAAUCGUAUUUCGGCCUGUUAGUAAGGAAGACACAGAAAUAAGAAAGAAGAAAGCAAAGGACCACUGAUGAGGACACCACAAAUUCUUUGGGAGCUAUUAUGGAGGCAGUACACAUAUUCUUAAAAAGCAAACAUAUCCAAGUACCAAUGGAAUGGUUAGAUGCUUGUAUUGAUUGGCUUAAGGAAGAACAUCAGGGUUCUACAUUAAGUGCCGACCAACUUAAAAGUUUGGUGUAUGAACAGUGGUUAGCUGCUGACCUAACUGAGCUUGGAUCUCAAUGUUUACCACAACAAACUGCUACUUCCAAUAAGUUUUUUCUCUCUGGAUUUUAUUGUUUACAGGUAAAUAAUAUUAUAGAUAUUAGUACAUCCUAUUACACUCAACACUCAAAGUUAAAAGGAACAGACUUCUCAAACAGUCUAAUAUCAGCUGAAAAUCCCAAACAAUAUACGCCACAACCAGUCCAUUGUCGAAUGUUGAAAAUGGAGAUGACUGAUGGGACAACUGUAGUUCAUGGUAUUGAAUACAAAAGCAUUCCGUCUCUCAAUGUUAAUAUAAAUCCUGGUUUUAAGGUAUUAAUCAAAGGUAAAAUUUUGUGUCGAAAUGGUGUUUUGAUGUUGAGCAAUGAAAACAUAAGUGUACUUGGUGGAGAAGUAGAUUCUUUAAUAGAAUCUAAUGCUCAACUUCUCUUAAUACCCAAAGUUAUGAAGGAAGUUGCAUUGUUUGCUGGAAAGGACAUGAGAAAAGAUUUUGUAGAUAGUGACAACAAUAACAAGAAUAUAUCUAACAGAAAGAUGAAAGAACUCCAUACUUCUAAUGUCCAAAAUAAGAAGCAUGUUUAUUCAGACUCAUCAUAUGACCAAGCCUGUAUUCAGAAAAAAUCAAGACUCUACAAAGACACUUCAGAAGAAACAUUUGACCCUCAUUAUAAUAAUAUGAAAGAUAAUGCAACAAAAAUGAGUACAAAUUUAAUAGAUGAAUUUGCUGAUGAGUGGGAUGAUCUGGAUUUUAUGCAAGAACUUGAUGAAAAUGCUGACUUAAAUAUUCCAAAGAAAUCAAAUGAAAAACCAGUUUCACAGCCAAGCGAAAUUUCCCACUUUGAGGAAAAUUGGGAUGAAGAUGAAAUGGAAGUUGCUAUGUUAAAUGACAUUGAAUUUGAAAAUGAAACGAAACCACAAAAUUCUGACAUUCACUCUUCUACAUCCAUGGCUCCAUCAGUAACGCAUGAUGAAAUAAGUACUUCUAGGUUAAAAGCACAUCAAAAACCCACUUCUUCAGUAACAUCUAAAUAUAACAAGCAGUUAUCUACUCUUGAUAUAAACUCAAACAAAAAGAAGUCUGAUGCUAGUCAGUUUGAAUCCUACAAUGAUUCUUCAACAUCCACUUCUAAUAGCAUAGAGCAUUUAAUGAACAAAUGGACAAAACUGAGCACUCAAAGUCAUAUUCAGUCAAACAUAUUUCCUUGUCUUUCAAAAGUUGAUGUCCAUAAAAUUCCAUUCACUUACCUAUUUCUAUUGAAAGCUUACAACUUACAAGCAGAAUCAAUUAAAUUUUACAUUAAGGGCUAUAUAUCAACAUUAUUAAGCAGGAUGACUCGAGCAAAUGGCAAAUGGCAAUUAAAAUGUAUGUUAAAUGAUGGAACUGGAACUCUACCUGUGGAGCUGUCUGAUGAACUACUUACUGAAUUCAUUGGGUUUACAGUUGAAGAAUCAGUUAAAAUGAAUGCUGCUUCAGCUUCCGAUUCAAGCCUAAAACAGAAACUUCACCAGGGUCUUCAGCAGUGUCAAGUGAAGAUUGUAAAUUUGUACAACAUAUUUGAGAUUGAAAUGAACCAGAAUUAUUCUCAUCCAAUUGUAACUAAAAUUCAUCCAAUCACUACAGAAAUUCUCAACCAGUUGCAGACACAUCUUGCUACUGCGUUAGAGAGAAUAUAGAUAUUUAGAUCUGCACAUUUUUUAUGCUUCAUUAUCAUAUCAACUCUUUCAGUUUGCUAAAAUAAAGCACCAGCCAAUACUGGGGAUGAACUAGC